AUGAGCUUUAACAACAGAGAUAAUGAUCAGGGAAUAGAGCCCAAGCGUUUGUUAUGGCAAAACACGUCGUCUUACCAAGCCAGCAGCAAUAUUUUACUCGUCACCAUCGUUGCUUUCACUAUUAUCAUCAUCAUCGUCUUUGCUUACCAUCUAUACGCAAGAUUCGUUCUCGGCCGCCAUCGACCCACCUUCCAAGGCCAGUCUUUCACCGUCAUUACUCAACCGCCCAAACGUGGCCUCGACAAAGUUGCAAUUGCUUCUCUCCCUACAUUCAUUGUUGGAGUCAACGGUGAUGAUGGCUCGGCUACGGAGUGUGCAGUGUGUCUAACCUUGUUGGAGGAGAAAGAUAUGGCGAGGAUGCUACCAAACUGCAAGCACGUGUUUCACGUGACAUGCGUUGACACAUGGCUCACCACGAGCUCUAGUUGUCCCAUUUGUAGAACUGAAGUCGAGCCGGGUCAAAGGCUUGAGCCUGAGCCAAGAGAAGGGCCAGUUUGGGACGGUGCAUCUUCGUCGGAUUACAAGAGUGGCAGUGGCGUGUCAUCGGUUGUGAGGUUAGAUUCGUUUCGGAGGAUUCUGACAAGAGAAAGAUCUUCGGACAGGAACGAUCAUUCUCGCGUUGACCAAGAUCGUGUAUUAGAUCUUGAAAGACAAUGA